GGGCCGGUGGCAGGAGCGCCGCGCACCGCCAGCCGCGGGGGACGAGGGAUGGGGAAAGCACAAGACGGGGGCGCCUGCAUGGAUUAGAGCCAGCCGCGCUCUUCAAAAGGGUGACGGGGCUGUGCUUCCCUCCCGCGCCCCGGGAACUUCAAAGCGGCCCGCGCUGUCCCAACCGCCUAGCUCCUCUCUGGGACCUCGCAGCUCCGGCGCGGCCGCCUGGUGGCCAUGACCCGAGCGCUGUGCGCGGCGCUCCGCCAGGCUCUCCUGCUGCUUGCCACCGCCGCCACGCUCUCGACAGUGAAUACCGAUGUAUGCAACAACAUGAAUGAAGGCCUUAAGAAGUAAAUGAAAGAAGCCAGAAUCAAAAGGCUGCAUUCAUUUGACAUUCUGGAGAGGGCAGACAUCAGGAACACAAGGGCAUAGUCAUAUUUAGAGAGGUGUCGUAACUUCACAGGCCAUGAGGCUGGACUAGCAGUGACUCCGGAUUUCAACUACAGGGUGGAGAGUCUUCCGAUACUCUGGAGCCCUGCACUACACCUUGCUGACGUCUGAUAAUAGUAAACUCAAAUGAACAGAACUACAAAGAUAAGGAUUGAAGUGUGUAUGUCUUUUGUGUGACUCUUCAAACUUUACCUGCCAAACUGAAGGAGCAUGCUGGGCUUCAGUGAUGUUGGCCAAUGGAAAAGAACAGGUGAUCAAGUCCUGUGUCUCUCUCCCAGAACUGAAUGCUCAAGUCUUCUGUCAUAGUUCCAACAAUGUUACCAAAACGGAAUGCUGCUUCACAGACUUUUGCAACAACAUAACACUGCACCUUCCAACAGCAUCUCCAAAUGCCCCCAAACUCGGACCCAUGGAGCUGACCGUUGUCAUUACUGUGCCAGUUUGCCUCCUGUCCAUGGCAGCGGUGCUGACAAUCUGGGCAUGCCAAGGUCGACCAUGCACAAACAGGAAGAAAAAGAGACAGAAUGUGGAGGAACCCCUCUCUGAGUGCAAUCUGGUAAAUGCUGGAAAAACUCUAAAAGAUCUGAUUUACGAUGUGACUGCCUCUGGAUCUGGCUCUGGUCUACCUCUGUUGGUUCAAAGAACAAUUGCAAGGACGAUCGUACUUCAGGAGAUAGUGGGAAAAGGUAGAUUUGGUGAGGUCUGGCAUGGAAGAUGGUGUGGGGAAGAUGUGGCUGUAAAAAUCUUCUCCUCCAGAGAUGAAAGAUCUUGGUUUCGGGAGGCAGAAAUUUAUCAGACGGUCAUGCUGAGACAUGAAAACAUACUUGGUUUCAUUGCUGCUGACAACAAAGAUAAUGGAACUUGGACUCAACUUUGGCUUGUCUCUGAAUAUCAUGAACUGGGUUCCUUAUAUGACUAUUUGAAUAGAAAUAUAGUGACCGUGGCUGGCAUGAUCAAAUUGGCCCUUUCGAUAGCUAGUGGUCUGGCCCACCUACAUAUGGAGAUUGUUGGUACACAAGGUAAACCUGCUAUUGCUCAUCGAGAUAUAAAAUCAAAGAAUAUCUUAGUGAAAAAAUGUGAAACUUGUGCCAUAGCAGAUUUGGGGCUGGCUGUGAAGCAUGAUUCAGUACUGAACACGAUUGACAUACCUCAGAAUCCUAAAGUGGGAACCAAAAGGUAUAUGGCUCCUGAAAUGCUUGAUGAUACAAUGAAUGUGAAUAUCUUUGAGUCCUUCAAACGAGCUGACAUCUAUUCUGUUGGUCUGGUUUAUUGGGAAAUAGCCCGAAGGUGUUCAGUUGGAGGAAUUGUUGAGGAGUACCAGUUGCCUUAUUAUGACAUGGUGCCUUCAGAUCCCUCAAUAGAGGAAAUGAGGAAGGUUGUUUGUGACCAGAAGUUUCGACCAAGUAUCCCAAACCAGUGGCAGAGCUGUGAAGCACUCCGAGUCAUGGGGAGAAUAAUGCGGGAGUGUUGGUAUGCCAAUGGGGCAGCCCGCUUAACGGCCCUUCGUAUUAAGAAGACUAUCUCUCAACUUUGUGUCAAAGAAGACUGCAAAGCCUAAUGAUGAUAAUUGUGUUAAAAAGAAAUCUCUCACAGCUUUUUUUUUUCUCAUUUUCCCUCUUUAUGUGAAUGUUUUUACCUUUUUUUGGUUGUCGUUCUACCUCAAAGAUAAUGCAGUACAGUAUUUAAGAGCUCAAAUGCAGCAUGGAAAAAAUAACUCUGAAGUCAAGCAUAGGCAGGAACUGACUUCAUCCCAUCUCUGUGUUGUCUUUAAUUUUAUUUUGAAAAGCACCACAUCAAUUCAUCUUUUUAUUUAAUAAGAAAGAUAUUACAAAAAUGUAAAAUAAGCUACAUAAAAAUAAUACAAGUCAUUAAGGUUUUAUUUUACUUGAAUCAAGAGCACAUGAAUGAAGAAAAAGAAAUGUAAAAGCAUUUUUUUUCUGAGAUGAAAACACCUUCAUUAAAAAAUGUGAACUAGAGCACGUUAUAUCUCAACAGAAUUUUAGAUUAUAUAAUUUGCUGUUUUCUUUUUGUUUGUUUUUUUUUAAUUAAGAAGGAUCUUUGAAGAAGAUACAUAUUGCCCUGAACUUUAGUGUCUGAAACACUUAAAAGGGGAACCUCUCAGCUGGAAGAUGGAAGUGAGGUCCGAGUAGCCACUGACUUGGCCUCCCCUCUUCCUGCUGUCUUGUUCUUCAUAGAAGAACCACCACCACAGCAACCCCUGAAGCAGUAUGAAAGCCACUACCGUUGUUACUUCCUCUCAUUUACAAAGGAAACAUCCAACAGCUUGAAACAUUGAGAAAUCCCGCAAGUCACAUACCUAGUGGUGGAGCUGGCUCUAGGUCCAAAUCUUGUGAUAACCCACACAGUGUAAACUUAGCUAGUUUCCUACUUUCCCGUUAAUUCCCAUAUAGCACUUUUCUUCCUAUGCAGAAACAACAGCUUUCAUGAUGGUAUUCGUGGUUUAGUCAGACAGAAGACCAAUUGGGUCAUUUUGUACAAUCAUAAUGGACCUGCCUGAAUUCUGAGGACAAUAUCCCUUGACAUUUUCCUCAUAGAAAUUUCAUAGUCUGCCUAUUUGUUAGAGAAAUAUUAAUGUUUUCUGAAUACUUCCAGAGAUUAAUCAGGCAUAAAGAUCCAUUGUUGGAAGGGGUCUUUAAGAUUUAUUUCAGAGGUCCCCACUACUUUUGUACAUACACACUUAGAGGGAGGAGGAAGUAGAAGAUAUUUUGAGAAAAAAUAAGAGAACUCUUCAGUAACUGUAAAUAGCUAUUUCCCCUACCCUUUCAAAAUGAGCCAGUAGAUGCAAAAGAAGGCUCAUGAUACUUUUGCCUUUAUUCUACUUCCUGUGGAGACAGAAGUGAUAGAUUCUGAAUAAUACAUGGAACACUGAAUCUUUCUUUCAAAUCUGUAAUUUUGUUUGGGUGAAGAGGAUUUAACAUGGUAUCUUUUGUUGUUCUAAAACACUGUUUCCUAAGCUCUAUUCCUUAGAACAUUCUUCUGGUGAGAUGUUCCAAGACCGAAAGCAUUCUUUGAUAGAUUCUUAGAAAGUGAUAGUGCACAUUAGCAUAUCAUGUGCUUUGAGGAAUCUAGCAGUAAAGAAAUGUUGAGUUUCUUUGAAUUAGAUUUCCCAAGUUAUUUGACCAAGGAACCCUUUUAUUAAUAGGAGGGGAAACCUUUUUACUAUCCCACAUUUCAGUGUUCUACAAAGCAUAACUUGGGCAACAGUGUUUGAAAGGAUAUAUCAAUGUAUUUUCAUGCAGAUCACAAUGUAGUGACUAUAGUUCAUUUCGCUAUGGAAAUACGUUACUGAACCCAUCUUCAUUUGACUGGGAUGAGAUAUGGAAGGCAAAUAUCUGACAGCUGGGAUGCUCUUACUAAUGCAGUCAUCCAUUCAUUAAAUAAGAUAGGGGACCCCAUAUCUUCAUUGCCACAAUAUUAGGGCCAAUAGAGAAAAGAUGGAUAGGUUCUGCCCUCAGAGAUUUUAAAGAUUAAUUUGGAAAUGGGGACCGGGAUGUAGGUGUCGGUUAGGGGGAAGGAAAUAAAUUGACAAAGUAGGGAAUCUUGAAUUCCGUAUGACAGUGGGUUCUGGAAGUUACUUUCAAUUUGCAAAACAUUUAGAAGGUAUCUUUAUUAGGCUAUUGCAGACAAUCUAAAUUAUAUAAGCAGUUUUUUAAAAUGCAUAUGUGAAAGAAUUUUAAAAAGAGCUUACGUGAAGGGGUGAUCUUGCUUAUGCUUGUUAUCGUGACUUCUCGUGGAUUGUUUUUGAAUAUAUGAGAAUGAAAUUAUUUAUUUACUCUGGUUGUACUAUAGUUAAAUGGCUGUUCAAAUAAAUAAGGAUAAUAUUUCCUGUUUUAUUCACUAAUGUUGGGUGAAUAUACUUAUUUAAGUUUUGAAAGAAUGUUUUAACAUCUCCAUUUUCCUCGACACUAUGUUUUGUAAUUUACUUGGGUGUGUCCAAAUAGAACUCCAUAUUUUUAUUGGUUCAACUUUUACUCUAGAGAAAUCUGUACAUUUUGAGAUGUUUUUCUUGUUUUCGUCUUAGUUUACUGUAACUUCUAACUGACUAGUCUUACAUCUUACUUACCAAACACACGUCUUAAAAAAAGAGGUAGGUUAACAAAAAUGAUAAAAAAGUUAAAAGUUCUAAUUUUUCUUAACUCCAAACAUGAUUAUAAAUAGAAAAUGCUCACAAGAACAGGGUAAAGUUUAGAGCAUAAAACAAAUUUAUUGUAUAUACCUAUACUGUUAAACUUCAUAUUAUUUGUUUUUGAUGGAGUAUCAUUGUGUAAUAUUUAUUUCUUUUGAAUUGUGUUGUAAGCAAAAAAUAUUCUUAUGCUCAAUGUGUCAGUGUUCUUUGCUCCUUUCAAAUAUUUUGACUUUGGGUAUAAUACAAAGCUUGGGAAAUUGCUAUUUAUGAAAUGUCAGUACUGUAUAAAGUGGUGAUGGGGUUUCUAUGCAACAUCACUUUUUAAAAUAAGAGAAACAUUAUUUGUUGUCAAUAUUACAGCACGAACUUGUUGCCUUUAAGCUACACGUUCAAGUGUGUAAUUGGUACGAAUUCUGUUGUGUGCUUUCUUCUCUGUCUAAAAUAUUUGGCAUGUCACAUCUAGAAUUCUUAAUUUAUGUUCUGACUUGAAAGUUAAGUGAAACAUGACUGUGUCGUGCACUAUUUUAAGCAUAGCACUUGCUUUUCAUCUUUAUACUUUCAAUUAACUUUGCAUUUUAAAUUUUCAUGAUUGUAUGAAAAUAGUAACCUGGUUGCAGUGUCUGAAGACUUCAAAAUCAGCUUUUAUUUUAAAAUGAAGAUCUACAAUAGAUUCAUUAGGUUACAAGUUCCAUAAGAAUUUAUCAUUCUUAAUACUUCUACUUUAGUAGCAUUAUUAAACAAAACUACUACUGUGCUGGAAUUUUGCCACCAUGUGACUUACUGGGGCAGAGAAAACUCAGGGCUGUCUUAGAGUUUACACAACAAUACCAGGGAACCUACUGAGCAAAUCAUCUGAAAGCAGGGAGCCCACAUUUGCUGUUUUAUGAAGUUCAACUUAAAAUUGCUUAGCAGGGAAUACUUUCUGAUUAUUUAUUUAAAAUAUAUAUGGAGUUUUUUUUUUAAGAUUUUAUUUAUGAGAGAGAGACAGAGAGCACGAGUGGAGGGGAGAGGCAGAGGGAGAAGGAGAAACAGACUCCCUGCUGAGCAGGGAGCUAAAUGCAGGGCUGGAUCCCAGGACCUUGAGAUCAUGACCUGGGCAGAAGGCAGAUGCUUAACCAUCUGAGCCACCCAGGCACCCUGGAGACGUUUUUUGUUUCAAUAAGCUUAUUUAAAGUAUGGAUAUGGGAUUUUAUUUCCCAUCAGGAAAUUGAGAAAGUAACAGUAACAAGUGAGUCAAGUUGAUGGCGGUUGAUUUCUUCAAUAAGCAUCCCUUUAAGUAAAUGUACAAAUACAGCAUUUUAGGUUACUUGGAAAUAUUUAAGAAUUCACAUCUUAAAAUGAUGUCAGUAUGGUUUUCGAAGAUAUUCUAAAUUCUUUUCUUUUGUGAAACCUGCUCCUACUGUGUUUGACACCUCUCUGUAUUAGCUCCCUCCAUGAGGUAAUACCUAAUGGGACUUGAUGCACUAUUUAGUGAAGACAGUCAUCCCUUUGCUUCUGAUGGCUUCUUUUAUACAGAAGAAAAUAUGUUCGUUGGAAUACAAAAGUUUUGUUAAUAAUGUUAAUAUUAAAUAGAAUUUCCAUAGGCAGUUUUUCAAAGUGUGUCAAUGCAUUUUUUCCAAUAUUUGACACCCUUUUUUCUCUCUAGCUUUGCUUUUAGGUUUCAUUGUCUUUCUCACCUCCUUUUAAAAUAUUCCCUGUCUUCCAAAAUUAUAUUUAGUCCGUAAUUUUAAAAAGCAACUAGAUAUCAUUUGGCUAAAUCGUUCUAAUAUUUAGCCUUCUAAUGAAGGAGAAUCCCUUGGUGGUCUAAGUUAUUUUAGAUGUGUCACAGACAAAAACAAAAACCAGAAUUUUGGAAAUUGUAAAGAAUGUAAGAGGUUUUAUAAUUUAAUUCCCAUAUUUUAUAGAUGGUGAAACCAAGGAUCAAAGAUUAGGUGACUGCUCCUUAUUAGCAGAACUGAUAGGGAAACCCAAUGGUGACAUCCACCACAGGGCCUUACCAUAGUCAACAUUUGCUAAUUAAAAAAUAAUUAGCAUGCGUCUAAACCUAUUGAAUGUACACUGAUAGAAUGCAUCAUUUGAUGGUGUUGAUCAAAUCUCACUUCUCUCUUUUUUUUUUUUUCUGCUGAAAUAAUUUGCUCACUCAUGGUGAGGUCCGUGAGAAUUAAAACAGGCCAGGAAAAAGUUGUAAAACAGUUGUCAAGCUAGGUAGGCAACCACUGAAGUGCUGAAUAAGAUUUAGGAAUUGUGAGAAUGUAGAAUUUCUUUGCGCAAGUCACAAGUAACGAUGAGACACUUCAUGCCUCUUCUUGUCCCCUUUCAGUAAGGAUUGUUCUUUUUAUGCCUGGGAAUGGAAGCGAGAGACGAUUGGUCACUGAAUCUCAGACCAUGGUUAGUAGCAUAUUGUCUUCUCUCUUUUCAGUUUCUCAUUAGUUUAUCUUCUGCAUUCAUUUUCUUUCCACACAUUAAAAAAAAAAAAAGACAUCUUUGCCGGAUAUCAUCAUCAGUUCCAAUCACUCUAAUCCCGUUCUUCUAGUCUUCUAGCCCAUGUUCAGAUUGCUCCACAGUGAACUUCCUGGCAAGAUUUUAAUUUGCCAUACCCAUGUGUGAGAGGUUUCGUCUUGUGCCUUUUCCAGUGAUUUUUCAUUUGGCACAAUGAAGAGAGGAUUUGUUAAUGGCAGAGAUUUUCUUUUACAUUUUAAAAAGACAACUAGUCUAGUUACAUUCUCGCUUUUAGCUAACAUAUAAGAAAUGUCUACUUUUGCCUUAAUGCUAAAUUCCACUUCAGAGAUGAUGACUUGGACAGAGAAUGUAAAAUUUUUGUCUCCUAAUGUGAUUGCUAAAUUUAUUUCUGCUGUUUCAUACAAUUGCUUUGUUUUGCUUUGGUCGUCUUUUAAAACUAAGCUGUUAUGGCACAUGGUUUGUAACAUAAGAUUGUAUCGAAAUUAAGUAAUCAUCCCCAUUUUAAACUCCCUCAGUUAAGAACUUCCAGGGUACUUAUUAAUUCAGUUGUAGAUUAACACAACAUUUGGGAGAACAUGCACACUGUCUCAUCCUAGUUUUUAAUAUAUUCAGAUAGGAUUAUAUUUUCUUACCACUGGUCCCCGUUAUUAUACAAGAAAAUUUUCUCUGCAGAUCUAACAGUUUUAACUGCAAGAUUUGUAUCAUGGGCUACAUGAGCCUGAAUGUUAACAGAACCACUAAGAAUUUGAAUGUAUUAGGAAACUGGCCUUCUACUGAGUGUUACCAGAUCCAGCUUGGUGUGUGGCACUCUGCAAUAGUACUUUCCCCUGAGGGGCAGAUAGGAGCUGAAAUCUAACCUGCCAUUGGCUCCUCAACUCAAUAUUUUUAUAUUUUUCAGAAAAGCAUCUUACAUGAUGUUUAUCUACAGGAAAAGCAUCCUGCUUAUACAACCUCAGAAAAUGAGAAUUAAAUUUUCAAAAUGCUUGUUGACAUCUGCAAAUUGACUAGAGAACCUAGGGAAAAAAUUCUGUAGAUUUUCAUCCUAGCAUUUCCAGGAGAGCAAAAGAGAUUGUGUGUUUAUUCUGUCGAUUUAAUUUUUCAACCCAGAUAAUCUGCAGCAAGACACAUGGGCCCUCAUUUAGUAUCUCUGUUGAGUUUUCUUUCCUUGUGCAAACCUGUUCAUUGACUUUGCCUAUAAAGAGCUAACUACAUGCUUAAAUUCUGUCUAACUAAUGCAGGUAUAAAAUGAGAUUUAUCAGUAUCUCCAUUUCCUUCAAUAGGUUAAUGUAAGUAAUUAAAUAUUUUCCAAUAAUCCAACUCUUUUUUCCUAUUUAUAUGAGGUAUGUUUGGCCCAAAAUAUUAAAUUCUAGUUUGUUUCCACAGUGACCAGUGUCAAGAUCUUGUACACUUCUGAACAUAGACUGGAGAAAAUUAUUCUAACUUAGUCUGUAUUUCAGCUUUUAAAAUGUCCUAAAUACAGAAAAUUAGAUUCAUAUCUCAAAAAAAAAGGAAUUUUGGAUUGACUUUCAAAGUACUAAUACUAAUUAUACUUUUCUUUUGGUAGUGUGACUUUUCUUAUACCUAAGAACAUAUUACAAAUGUCAAAACCAUUGCAUUUUGACAUUGCAAAACAUGCCUUGAACUCUUGAACUACUGUAAAAAGAAUCACUGUUGUAAAGACUUAUUGUAAGCUGGUUGAUACUCAUAGGUAUGUAAAAAGAUAUUACCCUUCAACCGACAGGCCCAAAUGAAUGUAUAUAAGGAAUAUGAAGAAAUAAAUUAGGUUUUAAAAUGAGAAUUGGGCAAUAAAUUGUAUAAAAAAUGCAGAUGGCAAUUUCAGUAGUUACAAUUUUAAUUAUUGAAGCUGAAGAGAAUUCCAAAUUCCAAAGAGAAAAGAAUGAUAUUCAGAUGCUUCAUUAACUUCUAGUCUAUGGAAAUACACAUUUUGUAGUAAUACAUAUACUUAUUUUCUUUAGAAAUAAUAGUGUUUUAGAAUUUAGUAAGAACUCAGUGAUAGCCUUCAUACCAAAAUGUUUAACUACCAACAGCAAGUCAUAAGAGUAUUGAUUUUAAAGCUUUUUAAAUAUCAUUGCAUAACUUUCAGCUGCCUCCAAUGUAAAUACUUAUCUGCCUAAAUGUUAUAUUUUUAUGUAUGCAUUUCUGAAUAUGUAUUGUUUUGUAAAUUGGCAAAGUUAAUAAAUCAAUCACUCCUUGCACUUGUUUUUGUGAAGCAUAUAGAGCUCUAUUUUAAAUAAAAAGAAAAUGUGUCAUAUU